AUGUAUAUACUUUGGUGGCCAAAUGAAGCUGAGGCGGCUGAAGUGCAGCAGCAGUUCUUUGAGGUGGCGGGCUUUCCUUCCGUUGUGGGUGCUGUGGAUGGUACGCACAUUCGGAUUCAAGGACCGUCGGACCACGAAGAAGCGUACGUCAACCGCCAUGGCUACCACUCCAUCAACGUGCAGCUAGUGGUGGACGCUGCAUACCAAAUUCGCCAUGUGGUAGCAAGGUGGCCUGGCAGUGCAAACGACUCCAAGAUCUUCAAGAAGAGCGCCCUUUCCGUAAAGCUAUCCAAUGGAACCUACGACGGCUUGCUGCUGGGCGACAGCGGAUAUGCGUGCGAGCCAUGGCUCAUGACACCCUUCCUGGUGCCCUCGUCAUCGCCAGAGGAGGAAUACAACAAAGCUCACAUCACGACCAGGUGUAUCGUGGAAAGGACCAUUGGCCAACUGAAAAGAAGGUUUAACUGCCUGCACGCUGAGCUCCGGAUGCUACCCAAGAGAUGCUGCGACAUCGUGGUGGCCUGCUGCAUCCUCCACAACCUCGCCAAAUGGUUUCCGUGCAGCCUUCCCAGCACUUCCCUGCCAAGUGAGGUUCCCACCGAUCCCAUAGAAGCAAUACGGCCAGACAGCGUGGCAGCCCGAGCUGCUAUUGUGGCCCGGUUUUUUUCGUGAAUUUCCUCACUUCGCCGCUGGAAACGACGCGCAGCCGUCCUGCACCAGCGACUUGGUCGGAUGCCUGGAGGAGGGAGGGGCUCGUCUGCCCUAAGGC